AUGACUGAAAUCUACAGAACUAUCUCAACCGGACGUGGCGACGACGUUUCCCCGACUAAAUGCCGUGAACGUCGGAGGAGGAGGAUCGAGAUGCGGCGGCAAGCGGCGGUUUUCGGCGAUCCUAGUUCGUCUUCGUCAUCGACGACUAGGAAUCGUGAUCGGCCUGACAUGGAAGUUUACUCAAGUUUUGACGUUCCGUUGAAGAAACAAGCUCGGAGGUCGGAGAUCGGUGGUCUUCCGACGGAUAUCGGAGGUUUCUUCACGUCUCCGACUCCUUCUUCCCACCAUAAAUUGGAAACGCCGGUGACGUGGAAGGGAGAAGAAACAGAGGAUGAGCCGUUGUACGGAUUUGUUUCGGUUAUGGGAAGAUCUCGUAAGAUGGAAGAUUCGGUUACUGUUAAACCGAGUUUGUGUAAACCGGAAAUUAACCAGAAUAGACCGGUUCAUUUCUUCGGUGUCUACGAUGGCCAUGGCGGUUCUCAGGUGUCAACAUUGUGCAGCACGACGAUGCACACGUUAGUUAAGGAGGAACUAGAGCAAAGGCUCGAAGAGGAGGAAGCAGGUAGCGAAGAUAACGUCUUGGAGAAGUUAUGGCGACGAGUGAUGAAUAGGAGUUUCAAGAGGAUGGAUGAGAUGGCAACGAGGACAUGUGUGUGUGGGACUAGUGUACCUUUGUGUAACUGCGAUCCUAGGGAAGCUGCGAUUUCGGGUUCUACAGCUGUUGCGGCCGUUCUAACGCAAGAUCAUAUCGUUGUAGCCAAUACUGGUGACUCACGUGCGGUGUUGUGUCGAAAUGGGAUGGCUAUUCCUCUGAGCAACGAUCACAAGCCGGAUAGACCAGACGAGCGUGCGAGGAUCGAAGCAGCUGGUGGUCGAGUUUUAGUAGUGGAUGGAGCUAGAGUUGAAGGAAUUCUAGCCACGUCAAGGGCCAUAGGGGAUAGGUAUCUAAAACCAAUGGUAGCAUGGGAACCAGAAGUGACAUUCAUGAGAAGGGAAACUGGAGAUGAAUGCUUAAUAUUAGCAAGCGACGGGCUUUGGGAUGUGCUUUCAAGUCAGCUAGCAUGUGAAAUAGCUAGGUUCUGUCUCCGCGAAGAAGCUUCCUCGAGCCUAGACUUGAACAGAAUGGCUCAAGAUGACGAUAGUGGUGGAGAAGAGAAUCCUUCAAGGAGUGUAUUAGCUGCAACGUUGCUUACGCGGUUGGCUUUGGGUCGACAAAGCAGUGACAAUAUAAGUGUGAUUGUCAUUGAUCUCAAGAAUAGUUCUUGACAAAACGGGUUUUUAGGUGGUGGUUGUGAUUAAAACGUUAAAGCCGAGAGAGAAUAAGAUGUGGAUAUAGCGAUGAGCCUUGAUUAGCUUUAGGGUUUAGCGCUUUGUCUCUUUGUUUUUGUUAUGAUUGGGGUUAUACUUGCCAAUACAUUAACAACGGCCAAUGUGAAAAGAAAAAUGAGGAGUUCGGACAUGGGCUCGAAAAGUUUAUUUGGUUAUUUUG